GAGAACGUGAGAAAAGAAGUGCAAGAGUGUGAAUCCCGGAUGGGCUUUUAACUUGUACAACGACACGGAGAUUAAUGCACUUCCUUGUACAACGACACUUUCUUGCUGUGAAGAAAGAAGUGCGACUUCAUCGGGAGGGCAACGUAACAAUCGGUGGGGGCAACAACAUCUGUGUCUAACAAGGCAAAUCGAGCGGCCGGAAGAAGGCCGGUCAUGUGGAAUAUCAAGCUGAUUGAUUGUGGAGAUCAGGUCGGGCAUGUCAGCACACAAAGGACUUUUUCUUUGUCCUUUCACUUGAAUGUGACCUCGUCGGGAGACACUGGAAUAUUAGUAAGGCUUUCAGGGGAUCAUAUGGGCAACAAGACAUGCCCAAGCUUCUGACGAAAGUACAGCAUUGCUUUGGAACGCAGAUUCUUUGAACCAGCGUGAAUCACAAAUGUGUGACAUCGGCACUUUCUCCGCCAUGCCGGGUGUGGGUCUACGCACUGUUGGCGCCACAAGGAAAAGAUUUAUCGUUGCGUGAUAUCGAGGUCUUAACUUACCUGGAGAAGAGUUGCCUGUGACGGACCAUUAUCAACACCAAGCAAGAAUGGGACAGUUUUAAAAUCUUGUAGCCUUGGCGAUCUUCGCCCGAUGCAGUAGAAUGCGCGAUGACAGUGAUACAACCGAAUAUCAGCACUUUUAGCACUUCUCCAGCAUUCGUUGUCCUUCAAUUUUCUGUGAAUGCAGGCGUCGUUGUAUGGGAAGCUGUUCGAAUACACUUGGAAGGCGUGUUGAAUGGCAUGCUGUAGCGCCACUUGCUCCGCCGGAUGCCGCUGGAAGAGAUGUCCAUCGUCCCAGGCCCGAGUCAGAACCAUGUCUGUCCACUUUCCCCUUCUGAAUAUCAUGACACCUACGACGGGAGACAGAGAAAGACAAAGGCGGUCAUAUUGUACUCAAGACUCUAAACAUCGUGGUCCAUAAAGACAUACCGGUAUUCAGCCAUGGAUCCUGCUGCACUACGAUCUGGACUGCAUGAAGGACUUGCGGGUUUUGGGCGAUUAAGUCACUGUAAGCGGUGUAGAGUCGAGGCGAAAAGAAGUCUGUGAUAAGAAGAUUGUAAUCUUUGACAAAGGCGUCACUAUUCAUCCACAUCACAGUGGAAUACGCCUUCAGUAGACGGCGAAUAAGCAAUAUCUGAAAGAGAAGUGUGUGGAAUGUAUGAAGGCACAAAAAAUUCAAAGGCGUCCACGAUGUCAGAGCCGACCAACCUUUACAUAAUAAAUCGAUCUCCCUUCCAGGUCACUCCGACUGCUAUCUUGGACAAAUAGAGGAAUGUUUCGUAGGUGAGCAUAAAGUGCGAUAUUGAAGAUGCAGUCGAGACAUGCCAGGUUGACCAAAGUGGCAUUUUCGGCGCCAAAUUGAAACUGCAUAUAUACAGACACCCACACACACGCUCGUCGGAUUCCCUCUUGCACUAUGGUUCAUUCUGUAUGUUACGUUCCAGGCCGUGGCCAUCACCACAGACGGCGACUCUGUCAUUGCCUCAAUUUUCGCCCCUCGUGACCUCAGAAUGCCCAGUGCCAGCGUAGCGCCCUCGAAUUUGACUCUGUAGGUCUCGCAAGGCUCCUGUCUCCUCUUCAUUUGAGAGACGGCGCGUAUGUCAGCGGCAAGAUCUGUCUCAUUCCCUCGCAGCCUGCAAAUGAGGGUGCACGGGUCGUUCAGUUGCUCUUGAGUCUCCGAAAGAAGAAACGAGUCCAACGGGAAGAAAAGGAAAUGAGUCAUAGAAGGAAAUAGAAGAAGAAUGGCUGCAGCGAUGACGAGACCACUCCACCACACCACCUUUGCACCACUACGGACCAUCUCCGCAUGGAGGCAACACUAGGUCCAUCCACGGCACGUUCCGCGGCUGACCGCUGGUGCGCCGACGCUCUCGCCGCGAUCCCCUCGAACGGCCCCCCCUUGAACGGCCCAAUCCACGGCUAACCUUAUCGCGGAAUUCACAGCAUUAGUGUAAAUGCUUCCCCCUCUGUUAACACUUGAUGCGGCGUGACUGCCCAACAAAUACAAACAAGUGACAAGCGAUGCAGCCCGAAGGAAA